GAAGUGUACUCUGUGUUGAGAAAUACUUUCAAGCUGCCAUCUUUCCGAGAAAAUCAACUUGAAGCCAUAAAUGCCACAUUGAGCGGAGAGGAUGUAUUUGUUCUGAUGCCAACAGGGGGUGGAAAAUCCCUUUGCUACCAAUUGCCCGCGCUUGUCAAGUCUGGAAUCACAAGCGGUACCACUAUCGUUAUUUCGCCUUUGAUUUCCUUGAUGCAAGACCAGGUGCAUCAUUUACUACAGAACCAAAUCAAAGCGGCAAUGAUCAACUCAAAAUCUUCUGCUUCGCAGAGGAAACAGACAUUCGACCUUUUUGUCAACGGGUUUCUCGAUCUGGUGUAUUUAUCUCCCGAAAUGAUCAGUGCCAGCGGAAUGGUGAGAAAUGCCAUCGCCGCACUUCACAAGAAAAAGAUGCUGGCAAGAGUUGUUGUGGACGAGGCUCACUGUGUUUCCUCUUGGGGCCAUGAUUUCCGUCCGGACUACAAAGCUCUGAGCUAUUUCAAAACCGAGUAUCCGGAAAUUCCUAUGAUGGCCCUCACGGCAACAGCGAACGAACAUGUUCGGAUGGACAUCAUCCACAAUCUCAAUCUGAAGCAUCCGAAAUUCUUCAAGCAGAGUUUCAACAGGUCCAACUUGUUCUACGAAGUGCUACCGAAGAAGAAGACCGUGGUGGAAGAGAUCGCACAACUGAUCAACCGCAAAUAUAAAAAUAUGACGGGCAUAAUCUACUGUCACUCGAAAAACUCGUGUGAGCAAACAGCAACACGACUCGCGGACUAUGGUAUCAAAUGUGACUUUUACCACGCAGGAAUGACCCAGGACGACCGUCAAAGAGUGCAGCUGGGCUGGCAGACCAACGAAAUUCAGGUAAUCUGUGCCACCAUUGCGUUUGGUAUGGGAAUCGAUAAACCCGAUGUUCGAUUCGUCAUCCACCUUACUCUUCCUCGUAAUCUUGAGGGAUACUACCAGGAGACUGGAAGGGCAGGGAGAGACGGAAAACAUUCUGACUGCAUCAUGUACUACAGUAUGAGAGAUGCGCGUACUUUGCAAGGAAUGAUUCUGCGCGACAAGGAGCUCGACCGGUUCAACAAGGAACAACACGUGAACAAAUUACGCCAGGUGACACAGUAUUGCGAGAACACUACAGAUUGUCGUCGUCAACAGGUGCUGCAAUAUUUCAACGAAACUUUCAACCGCAAAGAUUGUCAUAAGCAAUGUGACAACUGCAUUAAUGGCGAAAACUUCGAAGUCGAGCACCGCGACAUGACAGCGUUUGCCAAAAAUGUGAUAAAUCUCGUCAAGACUCUCAACGGCGAAAACUUGACUGUAAUCCAAUGUCAGGACGUUUUUAGAGGAUCCAAAACAGCUAAAAUUGUCAACUCGGGAUUACAUCUAAACGAGUACCAUGGAAAUGGUCGGGAACUGCCCAAGAUGGAAAUCGAGCGAUUGUUCUUCCAUCUCUUGAGGGAAGGCUUCCUAGAGGAGAAAUCUGUGAUGAACGCUGCUGGCUUUGCCACGAACUAUCUUGUCCUUGGGCCUAAAGCUAACGAUGUGCUCUCUCGCGGCAAAAAAGUGGUUAUACCAUUCACCAGAAGCAAGACUACCCGAUUGGAGACGCCAUCAUUGUCUGGAACAGCUAAUAAAGAGAAUAAGGCCCCCCAAUUCCUUUCUGCAAAGCACCGGUCGCUGUGCUCUACGCACCUGAAUCAUUCAAGAGACUCGACUAUGGCGUCAGAUACGACAUUGAAAGACAUGGCCAUGAAAUUGCCAACUACGAAAACGGAGUACGAAAGGCUUGAUGGUAUGGAGAAAAACCAAACACAGUACUUCCAGAAGUUUGAGCGCGUUUUAGGGGCCCUAAGGCAAGAACGAGAU